AUGGUAUCAUUAUAUUAUUGCCCUCCAAAAACCAAAGAAUGGGUGCAUAAAAAUCCCUGUUUUAUGAGCCAUAAACAAAUCAAACCAUUGCAUUUUUCAUAUAACUCUUCCGUGUAUCAGCCAAUUUGGUGUUUUUGGAAUAAAUAUUUGUAUAUUAUAUUUUUUCACGACGAUAAAGUAAAUGUGGUACAGGAAAGACAUUGUAUUUCGGAAGUGCUUCAUGGAAAUUGGGGAGCAUGGUCAUCGUACUCAGCAUGUCCCGUGACUUGCGGAAAUUGGGGCAGAUGGUCGUCGUACUCAGCAUGUCCCGUCACCUGCGGAGGUGGAAUCAGGACAAGAACACGUCUAUGUAACAAUCCUGUAAACGGCGGAAACAUUUGCAUUGGAAGCAGCACACAACAACUUAAUUGCUCCACAUCACCUUGCAUUUAUAGUUGUGUUCUAUUUGUUAACCUUUUAACUCUUUUAGUUGUACACGGAAAUUGGGGCGGAUGGUCGUCGUACUCAGCAUGUCCAGUCACCUGCGGUGGUGGAAUCAUGACAAGAACACGGUUAUGUAACAAUCCUGCUCCCGAAAAUGGUGGAAAUCCUUGCUUUGGAAGCGGCACAGAACAACAAAGUUGUGCUACAUCACCUUGCAUUGUACACGGAAAUUGGGGCGGAUGGUCGUCGUACUCAGCAUGUCCAGUCACCUGCGGAGGUGGAAUCAGGACAAGAACACGUCUAUGUAACAAUCCUGCUCCUGCAAACGGUGGAAACAUUUGCAUUGGAAGCAGCACACAACAACUUAAUUGCUCCACAUCACCUUGCAUUGUACACGGAAAUUGGGGCGGAUGGUCGUCGUACUCAGCAUGUCCAGUCACCUGCGGUGGUGGAAUCAUGACAAGAACACGGCUAUGUAACAAUCCUGCUCCCGAAAAUGGUGGAAAUCAUUGCUUUGGAAGCGGCACAGAACAACAAAGUUGCGCUACAUCACAUUGCAUUGUACACGGAAAUUGGGGCGGAUGGUCGUCGUACUCAGCAUGUCCAGUCACCUGCGGAGGUGGAGUCAGGACAAGAACACGUCUAUGUAACAAUCCUGCUCCUGUAAACGGCGGAAACAUUUGCAUUGGAAGCAGCACACAACAACUUAAUUGCUCCCCAUCACCUUGCAUUGUAAACGGAAAUUGGGGAGCAUGGUCAUCAUACUCAGUAUGUUCAGUAACUUGCGGCAGUGGCAUCAAGACGAAAACACGUCGAUGUAACAAUCCUGCUUCCGCAAAUGGUGGGAACACUUGCAUUGGAAACAGCACACAUCAACUAAGUUGCGCAGUAGCUCCUUGCGUACCACCUGCAAAUUGGGGAGAAUGGUCGUCGUACUCAAUCUGUUCAGCCACCUGCGGAUAUGGAUUUAAGACAAGAACACGUUUGUGCAACAGUCCUGCUCCUAUCAAUAGUCAUGACUAUUGCCCUGGACACAACACAGAGCAACUUAAUUGCACUACGUCCCGUUGUACUGUACACGGAAAUUGGGGUGGAUGGUCGUCGUACUCAGCAUGUCCAGUCACUUGUGGAGGUGGAAUCAGAAGAAGAACACGUUUAUGUAACAAUCCUGCACCCGCAAAUGGUGGAAAUCAUUGCUUGGGAAACAACACAGAACAUCUUGAUUGUACUACAUCACCUUGCAAGGAAAAGAAUAGCUUAUUGUUAAUUGCUGGAUCAUCUGGAGGUGGUAGUGUUUUCCUUGUGAUACUUGUCGUAAUUUGUGUGUGCGUGAAAAGACAUUGUGGUACAUCUUCUCCUGCACCUAAAAAUCUCGAUGCAUCACCUUCGUGCCAAAAUCAAUACGUUAACCACGGAAGGAGAGAUACUGAGUCUAUUUCACCAUAUGCGGUAUAUAACAUGUACGACACUGUACAAUUAGAUGAGUUUGGAUAUGAGUAGGUCUGUUUUGUUUGCACAUGUUGAUUGGGAAUACCACCGUUUUUGUAUUCUAGUUUACAUGCACACAUACUAUAGACAAGUUAUUGCAUUGUGAUUGAGAAUAUCAUUUGAAUAUGUAAUUUAUGUUAAGAUUGUUUAGUAAGUUGAUAUUGUAAGGAAGGUAAUAGUGAAGUAGUAGUAGCUAAUUAACGA